CCGGUUAUCCUCUCGUUGUUUCCUGCGUGUGACCGACCUUACGUCCUCAACGAGCAGUAGUGCCGCAGACGAGUUCUAAAUUCUGUCCUCUGUGGGGAUAUUACAGUUUAGAGUAAUCAUGGGUUUCGAGAAAAAGAUGAUCCAGUACGAUGACCCCGACGAUGAGGAGGAAGAUGCCCCUGCUGAGGAGGAAGGAGAGGAGGAAGAAGAAGAGGAGGAAGACAUGGUGGAUCCUCUCGAACUGAUUAGAGCCAAGUGUGAGGAGACUGAACACUGCGUUCACUACAAGCAGCUGCUGGAGACCUGUGAAAGCAGAGUCGGCUCUAAAUCCAACACACUAGAGGAAUGCACAGAAGAGCUCUUCGACUUCCUGCAUGCACGGGACCAUUGUGUGUCGCACAAGCUGUUCCACAAAGUGAAAUGAAACAUCCCGUCUAUUAUCACCAGCGGCUGUAGUUCUUUUAGCUGCUAACAUUGUAAAGACUGUUGUUGUUUUCUCGUGUGUAUUAAUGUAAAUGAACUUUAUUGAGACCGUAAACUAAAUACCAACUUUUCUGUAUACUGAGUCACUGCUUGUAUGGUAAUGAGUGCAUCAACAACGCUCAGUGAUGUCAGUUCACACGAAAAAGCAAUCCUGCUGCACUGACAAUGCAUAUUUAAACUCAGGGUUGGUCAUGGAUUCAUCACUUUGACCAGGAAUAAAGGUUGUCUUUGGUUUUCA